UGUACGCUCUUUUUUGAUGAUAUAAAGCCACAUGACUUUAUUUCAAAAUCUUUAUAUUUCAAAUAUACAAGGAAGUAAAUUUAUGAUAAAAAUAAACGAACGUCUAGUUUCGAUUUGUAUAUAUUUAUCUAUAACAAGAAUCGAAAUUAAAAUCGAGUCGGAUAAACCCGUAAACGCGAUUUAACAAUGAUUAAAGGACAAAUGUGUUGGAAACAAUUAAAACUUUCUUUAGUAACAUGCCUGAACAAAUGUUUCAACAAUGAGCUAUGCUAACGCACAACAAAUUCAGGCCGUCCACCAAGAGGUAUUGGAAGUUAACAGCACUACCAAGUUUGUUCUGAAACGGGUUAACGAACUCAGCAAUGCACUCCAAAACAAUCAUUGCUCUCCAGCAUGUGCGAAAUUCAAAAAAGAGAUACUAGAAGAGAUAGGAGUUUUGUCGGAAUCUGUGGAUGAACUUAAUAAGCAAGAGGUUAAAAGAUCAACACAAUAUGAGGACGAACGAAGGAUACGUGAGGAAGAAACAAGAAUUCAAGAAGAGGAGAGAAGAAAUAAGGAUGAGGAAAGGAGAGUACGCGAGUCUAUAAUGCAAGAUGAAAUAGAUCAAUUAAAACAAACGGUGGAAGAGUUUAGGACUAAUCUAAACCGGAUGAUUGCCAAUGGCCAUCCGGUUCUUGAAACAAAACAUGAUAAACCAUCUAUAAGAAGCACAGGAAAAGAGCUUGUUCUGAAACGUAACCAAACAGUGGCACAUGUACCAACUCGAGGUUCAUCAACUAAUCAGAGUUCUCGCUCUUUAAUGUCCCAAAAUUAUGACCGCAAUGACAGGGGUUUGCAACCGGCUAGAGAAACGCGACUAAACUUUUCAAGGCGACCACAAAGUCAGGGAAAUGAAACAAUUGCGUCAACCAAUCCGAGUUCAUUGAAGCAGUUAACAUGGGACGAAACAUCAAACGAGAGCUCAAAAGUCGACGAGUCGACCGCCGAGGAGAAGGCUUUCUUUGGGACCAAUGAGGUUUGGAUAGUGGAAGCAAAGAACGAGUUACACACAAGUCAGGCCGAGGUGGGGUCCUUGGAGGGAGUGUUUACGAUUCUGCUUGUGGACACGUCAUCCAGCAUGAGGCAAGAUGGUGCUUGGAACGAGACUUCAACCUUUGUACACGACUAUCUAGCAGGUCUUCAGCGAAUGGCCAGUGAACAAGGGUGUGAGGAAUAUGUGGCGUUGGUAACCUUUGGCAAAGUGACGGGGUGCAUACAGCGGUUCACACAAUCAUAUGAAAAAAUUCUGCAAGCAUUUGAGAAAAUAAAGCCUGGAGGACCAAGUCCGUUAUACGGGGGAUUACUUCUGGCCCAGGCAAUUUUCCUGUCACCAGCAGACACAUUGCCAAGUCUGACGAACGGACUUAUGGUGCACCCGAAGUUGAUACUAAUAACGGACGGAUACCCGACGGAAAGUUGUCUUUACAGAGGGCCCGAUGCCACAGUUGCAAACAUUGCACCAGAGACUUUACAGGAUAUACUUGCAGCAACAGAACACGCUGUUAGAAGCACAGACGGGCCUGUAGCAGAUAUGUUCAUUUUACCUGUCGGAAGAGCCAACAGGGAAUUUAUCAAAGUGCUUCUCGGUGACGCCAUUUUCGGGAAAAUACUGCAUUUUAGGGAUGGUCAAUCAUUUUCUAGACGACUAAUGCUAACGGGAAAAAUCCUCCCGGAACUGUUUUCAGAUCCUUUCUUAAUGUCACUACUUAGACAUGACCCAACACGUUUCUACAGAGAUAGAAUACCCGUUGACGACCCAAGUAUUACUCGACUUGAUACGGAGCAAAUGCUAGAAAUAAUAGAUAUGGACCAGAAACGCCGUUUGGCAAAGGCAAAUGAAGUAAACCCUUACAACGAGGAACCUGAUGGUACGUUCCCUCGGAUUGGUUCCCGAGUACGACGAGGCCCGGACUGGGACAAGGAAGACCAAGACGGGGAGGGGCCUGGGACAGUUGUGGGGCACAGGAAGGAAUUUGGUGGCAACGUCGUGUUUGUGAACUGGGACGCCUCGGGCAAGGUGUUCCAGUAUGAGUAUGGGCACCGUGACCGUUACGGGGUGUGGCCAGUGAACGAGCCGAGGAGGCUCCACCCCGGGCAGCCGCUUGACGUGGGGUGCUACGUUACUCCGGCAAAGGACUGGUCGGGCGAUGCAGCUAUUGUAGGCCAAAAAGGAGUUGUACUUUUGGUACGCAGGAAAGAAACCAUUAGGAUGGUAGUCGUGCGAUGGAAUAUUGGAAGUAUUGGGGAAUAUUCUUAUGGUGAAGACAAGCGUUUUGAGGUGAAAAUGUGUGAGCCGUGUGAGCUUCAGCCUCUGGGGGAAAGACAACGCCCUUUGAGAAACCAGCCCCUUACGCAGAGGCAAAGAGCAGGAGAAAACCAACCACCCGCCAUCAAACCGAGCAAAAAUAAAAACAAAAACAAAUGAAUAUCAUGUAUUAAUAUCAGAAGUUGGUUAUGAGUUUUGGGUGUAUCUGGGUUUGUUUUCAAUCUUAUCUUGAAAUUGAUGGGAAAUAUGAUAUACUAAGACAAUUAUGUUAAAAAAACAUGAAUGCCAUGAACUAAAAGCGUGAAUGUGUUCUAGUCCCACCAAGUUAUUGGUACUUAUCAACAAGUACAACCAUGCACAUCGGUAGACAUGGCACCGAUAACACAAACUUAUUUAAGAUAAUUCUCAAUCUCAAUUUAAACUUUAAACCACAGAACCUUAAAGCAUGAUUUUUAAUAUGUUUUAAUCUUUUUAAAAACCCAAAUAUUCGGUCAAUAUUUUUAAGAGCAAAACGAGUACUCGAUUCAAACUUAUUAUUUUUGCGUUUUAUUCAAGUACAUUUUGUGACUUAGAAAUAAUAUUCGAAAGAGUAUUCAGCAAUAAUGUUUAUCACCGUAAGGCACCAGAUAAUGCACUUUUGAAAAUAAUGAAACACAAGUAUUUUUUUUUUAAUCUUGCUGUUAUGUGCAAAAAUGAGUUAAGCUUGAGAUUGAAAAAUGGCUUGAGUGUUUUGGUGAUAUAGGGUACUGAACAAUGGAUAAUAUAUCAUUUUCUUUUAAAGUGGUAACCGAGAGUGUUUGGCUAACAACUGAGUAGUAAGGCAUUAUAACGUUAGGUUUUAUUUGUAAUGAAAGGGCGUCCAGGAUGAUCACUAACAUUCUACUUAAGGGCAUUUUGUGAUAUUUGGCAUAUUUUCAUGUUUUCGUAUAAAAAUGGCAUUUUCCAAGACAAAUUUACACUGCAGCAUCAGCAUAAGUUAACACUAGUAUUUUAAUUGAAAUCCAAUAGAUGCCAAAUAUGUUUAUUAAAAAUUCACCGCUUAAAAAUACGUUGUGCAUAUGUAUUGCAUAUACAACAUAAGACAAUACUAAUAUAAACUCGCAAAAAGGCGUCAAAUCGACUUACAGAGGGAGCAAUAACGCAAUAGAUUCGUUAUAAUUUCACCUUUUGCAAUUUCGUAAUAGAGGCCAAUUCUGUGCAGUUACGCCUUUUAUUUUUUUAAUUUCCAGUGGCCCUUUCAGGCUUUUGUAAAAUAUUUAUCUGGAAUAUUGGCUCUUAUUAUAUUUUUCUAACUGGUGUUUUUUCUCUUGUGCCAUUGUUUACCCGCAAAAAUAAAAAAAAAGAAUUUUGCACUAAGUCAAGAGCAUUUUCUUUUGAAGGCUCUAAAGACUGUGAAUGUUCUAGUAUGCAAAUGCAAAAAGCACGGCCUUGGUUUAAAAACCUCAUGCUAAUUGUCUGAUGCUUGUUUAUGUCUUUUUUAAAAUUAUGCUUGUGAAGUAUUGGGAAUUCUAAAACUUAAAAACCUAUAGAAUACAUCAAAAUUUUGCAAGACUGUUAAAGGUACUACCUUAUGCAAAUAAUACAUGUGUAUAUGGUGAUAAUGUAUGUAAAGAGAUACCUAAGAAUUAUGAAAUAUUGACUUAAUUGAGUGAAUACUGAGCAACUUUAGAAAUAGUGUAUUCAAGCAUGAUUUAUCCAGUUGGCUUAACAAUAGUUAUGUCGUAUGGAUAAACAAAGGCAUUGGUGGGAAAAAAUCACUUAGAAUACGAAGAGCACUCAGAUAUAUUUCCAAUAUGUUUUCUUUUCUUUUCGUUUUGUAGAUGCUUGUCUGAGACUUUCUGUACAUCCUGUAAGCAUUAAAACAUGAAGAUAUGCAUGGAAUCGAACACUCAAUAAUUCAACUUUCCUUUUACCUGUAUGUUAAAAAAGCUCUUGUAAUGAGAAAUACCCUAUACACUGCUGACAGAUAACAUUAAAGUUUAGUUAAUCCAAUUUACUUGUAAAAACAGGUGGACAUGAUAUCGGAAAUUGUAUGUAUUAUAGAUGAUGUACGUUGUAAGUCUUAAUAAAAUGUCUGUUCGGUUGCGUUAUAUUUCCAGCGCAUUCGGAACUCCUCGGCCAUUUUUUUCAAAAACAACCUCGGAUGUAUUUGGACGGUUUACACACUCAAAAAGAGGUACGUUUAAGUCCGCUGCAAGUAGAUCGCGUAGUAAUUUUAUUUAGCAGUUAAACUUUAUGUCUUUUUUCUUGGAAAUCUUAAUUAUGUUUGCAAUAAUACACUUCACUGGUAAUCAAUUUAAACUUAGAUCAAUUAAUACAACUCUAAAACACUAAAUUUAAUUAACGAUAUAAUUUAAAAAAAAAUACGAACUACUUCAACUGAUGUACCGGCAUACAUCCGAGGUUGUUUUUGAAAAAAUGGCCGAGGAGUUCCGAAUGGUUUCCAGCGUUGUGAUUCAAACUGAAAAUGGUUGGUGACUCACAUCUAUGGUUGUUAACCGACAUCAAAUGGUUCUUUUGACACAUUUAACACUAAUAUUUUUAAUGGACAUUCAAUAUAUGAUACACUGUUAAAAAUCUAUGUGGUAUAUAGAUAUUGCAUUAUUUAUCUGGAAUGCUUUUAUCAUUUUCUUUGUUAUAUUUCUUGUUACUGGCAUUGUUUUCCCUCAUGUAUAUUGAUAUUUAUAGUGCGGUAUUGCAGGAUGCAAAUGAUGGACCACGACAUCAAUGUCUACAUUUACAAUUUAUUUUGUUUAUUGUUAUUCGUCUUCCAUAGACUGUUCAUGUUACAUGCUUAUAUGUUUCUUGAUUACACAAUAUGCCAUAAACAAUAAAGAUAUGUUUUGUUA